UAUAAGCACGCCUCAGUAAUAACAUUUUUAUUUUUAUUUCUAAUUUUAUUUAUUUUUCAAUCCAUUCAACGCAUUCGUGGACAGAAGGUACCAAGGUACUCACAGUUCUGUUCCUUAAAAUCAUCAUUUAAUUUAUGGAUUCGUGUUCAUUUAAGAAUCUGUAAAAUGAAAAUUCUUGGUGUAGGCCUAAUUGGCUUUGUGAUAACUUCAUUACACAUAUUAUGUUACAUUGCGGAUGCUGCGAAUACAGAUACGCCUGCUGUUAUUGCAAACCUGGGAUCAGAAUUACGAGUGAUUCCGAUUGAUAUUAAGGAAGGUGACGAUACCUACAUUACUUGUAACUUUAAACGAAGUUCAACCAAAACUGAUAAAAUUAAUUGGUUUCAUAACGAUACGCAGAUAUCGACUGACUUUAAAGCUGGUAUCAUAGCUUCAGAUGAACAUCUAGCACUACAAAAAGUUAGUAAAUUAUCAGCUGGAAAAUAUUUCUGCCAAGUUACAACCUCGAAUGGAACCGUGAACAGUAAUCCUGUGCUUGUAAAUGUUAAAGAUAAUCCACAACUCCAAAAUAAUGCUGCUACUUCUAUACAUCCUAGUACAGAAAAUGAACCUGCGACCAAACUCGAAAACACCUCAGAUACUCGUUUUGAACUUCCCGGCUUCAACAAAGAUUUUCUAAAUACCCUGGUAGCAGGCCAAAAUGAGACCAGGAAGUUUGAAACCAUCGAAUACGUUUUUGAUUACACUCGAAAUGCCAAUGGAGAUGUUACGUUCUUGUGGCAGAAAGGAAAAGAUUCGGUUGAAAUGCAGUUCAGAUACAGCGAAGGCAAAAUUAUCCAAUUUUGGGCUCUCCCAGGAGCUAGUAUUUUUCUAACUGUGACUCCUCAAGGCGAUAAGGAGCAGACUUGGAGCUUUGAGAAGUAUACGUACACAUAUAGCAAUUCGGCAAAAAAUGGAUUUUCUAGUAAAUGGACAGGCAAAGUCGAUGUGAAAGCAGAAUACUUGGAAUUAUUGGGGAUUUAUCAAGAUCUCAUCUCGAAAUGGUGUGAUAAGAAUUCUUUUAUAGUGAAGGAGAAGAAAGAAUGUGUUAUUUAUUAAUUACAUGAACUUUUUUUUUUUUUUUUGCUAAAUCACAUUACAUAAUUUAUAUCAAGUAGGUAUGUUGAUCUGCAAAAAUGUAUCAUAAUUUUACAAAUAUAAUAUGCAUACUCGUA